UAGUCUAAUCAAACCCUGAUUCCACGAAGGGCACACCAAACCUCGAAAGAUUCCCAAAGCUGACCCUCUAGAAAGCCAAGAAAACUCACUCCUCUCUCCUCUCUCUCUCUCUCUCUCGCCUCUCGCCUCCGUCGGCCGUCGCCAUGACCCGCGUCCUCCUCCCCCUGCUUCUGCUGCUGGCGCUGCCUGGUGCGUAUGCACGCCCGGCGCGGCAGUAUCUGGGACAGUGUCCGGGGCUGGAGUACGGGCUGCCGCCGUUCGCCGCCGCGCUCCGGGCAACCUGCCCCGUCUCGACGGAGGGGUACUGGCCCCCCUACGAGGUUGUUAGUGGGGAGGAGCUUCUGAGGAUGUUGGAUGGCAAGGAAAAGCACACGGCUGUCCUUUUCUAUGCAUCAUGGUGCCCUUUCUCUCAAAGAACCAGAUCAGUCUUUGAUGAUCUGAGCUCAAUGUUUCCACGGGUUAAGCACUUGGCCGUGGAAGAGUCCAGCAUCAUGAAGAGCAUUUUGUCAAGGUACCAUGUCCGUGCACUGCCUUCCAUAAUAAUAGCUCGCAACUCACACGUGUUCUGGCCUCUUGGUUCCAAAGAUCUCGACUCCCUGGUCAGCCUUUACACUGCUGCUACAGGUGAAGAGCCAGUGGCAUACAUCGGUAGCCGGAAGUGGAGCGCAGCGCAAAGCACAGACGGCUAUGCAAAGGCUUGGAACAGCUCAAUUAUUAGUGAAACAGUGAAGCGAGAACCCUACCUUGCAUUGAGCAUCCUGUUUAUUUGCAUGAGGGUGUUCUUUUUCUUCUUCCCAAAGUCAUUUGCCCUCAUCCAAGACUUGUGGACCGGAUACCGCGAGCAGAUCAACCUCGGAAUCCUCGGCAGAUUGGCCCAGCUGCUUGAAUGCGUGCCUCACGCCGUGGAUGUGAGGAAGGUGUGGAGCAAGUUGAGGCUCGUGGUUGGAGCUAAUGAGAACGGUAGGGUCUGGGCAGCCCUAACUUCGUUGCCCCUUGGUGGGCGACCUUCUCCGAUCCACGGGUUGCUGUUGGACUGAUUGGCUCGACCAUCUAACUGACAGCAACAACUAAUAUGCAAUGAUUUUAUCUGUAAGCAUUUAAGUAAGGCUCUAGGUUUGUUAGAUUACGAUCCAACUGUAGAUAUAAUUUUGAUUUGUUAUGGGUUUUCUAUAAAUCUACAUGAGUCGGUGAUGGAAAGGUUUAAAUAUUAAAUGUGAUAUAUCGUUGGAUCAUAAUCUAACAGACCAGGAGUCUUGUUUGCAUGAUUGUACAUAAAGUCUGAUUGCAUAUUAGUUGUUGCCCUGACUGACAGCAUGAGAACACGCUGGCUGAUUCAUUGAAUUGCAUCAUUGCAUGCACUUGACGAAGUACAUAUUGAGACAGAUAAGUGAGGUCUCUGGCUCUCUCUGCUCAGAAACAUGCAUCCUGUUUGUAGCAUGUAGUAAAUCUUAGGGACACACCGUGGUGGAGCCUUUGUAAAUCAUACUGUAACAGUAGUCGUUUUCAUCAUGUAAUCGGUAAUGGAUGAAUGGUCCAUGGACAUCCUUCAGUGUCGUUUUCUGUACAAGUCUUUGUUUGCUUCGCCUAUAUAUAUUGUGACCUUUCAUUCUUGA